UUUAUGGGUGGGCAACCGGGUAACAUUGGUUUCAAUAACACGGGUUCAUCAAUGCUUAGUGGAACGUUACCAUCAAGAAAUCUUUUCCAACCUGGACAGAAAUUUGAUCUUUAUGUAUAUCUGUCUGAUUCGGUGUGUUCGUUUGUUCAAAAGGCGCUCUUUUGGAAAGAAAGCAGUUUGACUUAUGGCGAUUGGACUUCUGGUCCAGAUGGUGAUGGUUCGCGUGUCAAAUCAGCUACAUUCCCUAUUCCCCAGUCCCUUGCCAAUAAUGGCUCGUUGUACAUACACGUUUUUAUCGUCAAAGAAAAUCAGUCACCUGAUCCUAGAAGUCGGAAUCAUCAUAUGGUUUCAUUUAAAAAUAGACCAAGAUUUCAGGUGUUAUACAAUGUACGACGAUUGAAUAAAUAUAAAAAAAAAUACUACAAGAGAACUCAAAAUCUUUUAACUGGUAAGACAGAGCAAAGCGAAGAAGAGCAGAAGAAAGCUGAAGUGAUGGAUUUUGAAAUACUGAAUUAUUGGCAUCCAAACUUAACCAUUAACCUUGUUAAUGAUCACACAGUCUGGCAGAGAGGUUCAUUACCAGCUCCUCUUGAUGAAGCUGUGAAAUUUGACCCAGUUGAUAAUACUUACAAACCUAUAUUUCUUUUUAAUGAUUAUUGGAACUUGGGAGCUGAUUACAUGGUUAUAAAUGACUCGGUUAAAGAAAUAAAAUUAUCAAUUAGAUACUCACCUAUAUCACUAUUUAAAUGGCAGUUGUAUGCAUCACAGCAGAUGCGUACAAAAUGGUUACAAAUGUUUGGUGGUGAACUAUUCGAGGAUGGAGAUGAUGACCAAGAUUCAAUUAAACAAGCACUUCUUGAAACGAAUCCAAUACUAUUAGGACUUACUAUUGCAGUUUCAUUGUUGCAUACUGUUUUUGAAUUCUUGGCCUUUAAAAAUGAUAUUCAGUUUUGGAGAUCACGCAAAACCUUGGAGGGUUUAUCCGUUCGUUCAGUUUUGUUUAGUGUCUUUCAAUCUGUGAUCGUUUUCCUAUAUAUUCUUGACAAUGAUACUUCUUGGGUUGUAAAAGUAUCCGUUGGAGUGGGACUAUUGAUUGAAUUGUGGAAAAUACCGAAAUGUGUUGAUCGGACGCGAAAAAUUUUCGGCUUUUUACCGAAAAUUAUGGUAUCUGAUAAAGGAUCAUAUGUGGAAUCAGACACAAAGCAGUAUGAUGAAUUAGCCUUCAAAUAUUUAUCAUGGGUGCUUUUUCCAUUACUUGGUGGUUAUGCAGUAUAUUCUCUUAUGUAUGUUGAGCAGCGUGGAUGGUAUAGUUGGAUAUUAGGAAUGCUUUACAGCUUUUUGCUCACGUUUGGCUUCAUUAUGAUGACACCUCAGCUGUUCAUAAAUUACAAAUUGAAGUCCGUGGCUCAUUUACCUUGGCGUAUGUUGACAUACAAAUUCAUUAAUACCUUCAUUGACGACCUUUUUGCUUUCGUCAUCAAAAUGCCGACAAUGUAUCGUCUGGGUUGUUUUCGGGAUGAUGUUGUGUUUUUGAUAUAUAUUUAUCAAAGGUGGAUUUAUCGCGUUGAUCCAACGCGAGUAAACGAAUUUGGUGUGUCAAUGGAAGCACCUAAAGGUGAGGAAGUAGUCGAAAAAGAAGAGUCGACUACACACACAAUUGUUGCAAAAUCUCUUCACCGGAAUAAUUCAUGUAGUUCAGCUAAAGCUGUUGCAGAUGUUACAGAAACAAAGAAAAAGCGCUGA